UAAAUCUCAGCAUUUUACAUUCACGCAUGAAGAAAAAAGAUGCAUGCUUUUCAAAAUAUCCUGACCAACAAUCCUUUCUCGAAAAAUGUCCCAUAGGAGAAAAAAUGAUUAAAAAAAUGGGGUGGGAAGCAGGUAAAGGACUUGGAAUUAACAAUAAAGGUAUAACUGAAUGCCUAAAAGUUAGAGUCAUAAAGGAGAAAAAAGGGAUUGGAUUUAAAGAAAAUAAUACUAAUUUUUUUAAUAUUCAUAAUAAUGAUUUUGAAAAUAUUCUAAACAAUCUGAAUGAAAGUUCUAAAAUCAUGAUACAAGAUUUAAAGUCAGAAAAGGUUGAAACAAAAAAAUCAAUCAUAUUAAUUAAAAAUCGUCAUAGAUAUAAUAAAUAUACCAAAAACAAAGAUGUUACUAAAUACACAGAUGCUGAUCUGCUAGGCAUUACUGGUAUUUCUCAAACAGACUAACUUUCUGUUGUAUUAUUUAAUUCAUAAAAUUACAAUAAUUUUAGAAUAUAUGAUGAUACAAUAUAUAGAAUUCAGUAUGUAUUUUUCAAAAUAUAUCUUUUUUUUAUAAUGGAAAAAAUUCUGACUUAUACUGGUACCAUUUUAUAUUACUACUAAUACCCCAA